ACAACUUAACUCAUACAUUCCACAAAGAAAUAUUCAACCAUCACCAUCGCUACAAAUACGAAAGAAAGAAGGGAUUUAUUCCUUACAACUUAUCGAUUUUCACAACUUAGAGUUUAAUACCAUUAAUGAAAAUGUCCCAUUUAUUGCAGCAUCAUACGGCGAUAUUGUGCCAUCUACGGAAGUGAACCGUGAAAAAAUGGUUACUCGUGAUCAUGCGAUUAGGCCUUCUCAACAAAUAGACAUCUAUUUUGACACGGCACUGAAAUGUACAACUUUCAGAGAUGUAAAGAGGUGGUCAAUAUUUAUUUGGAAAAUAGAUGGCAAGACACGGCAAGUCCGUGCUAACUUGGCACCUAUUUUCAAAUUUGUAUUGGCGUCGAAAUUAACAAAUCACGUGCAUUCGAUUAUUAUGAACGCGUCGUAUUCUUGGGAAACGUUGAUGCAAUGUUCAUUCUCGCAUAUUAUCUUCGAUAUAGCCUUGAUGCACCAAUUGACCAUCGGUGUUCUUAUAAUUUAUAUUGCGGCUUGCAGAAUUAAGGACCCGCAAGGAAUUGGUACCUUUAAAGAUGAAGUGGAGGCUCCACAAUGGUUCCAUCGAUUUGAAUGCUAUCAUUUUGGAGUCGGAUAUCCAUUAAUAUGGAUGGCUACUUCAGAAUGCGAAUCGAUUUAUCGAAGAUAUCCGAAUAUUUCAAGAAUUUGA